AAUGUACGCAAGCAGUCAACACGGGACAUUUUGCAGUCGGACCGCGUGAACGGAAGAGUCCUCCCUUGCUUGCUCGGAGAGGUCAAGUGAAACUGGUCCUACACAUCAUCGACGUUCAGGACGAACCGGACUCGCCGAGGAGCUGCCCUGACGUCACACAUCACACAGUCAUGGUGAAGAAAAAGCGAGUUCGUCUCAUCGCAGAAAUGGCUCGGAAGAUCCGGGCGUACCGGGAGCUCAAGUCCCAGCCGCGGGAGUCCCAGAGGUACGCGCUGGACUACGACACGAUGAAGCGGCCUUACACGGGGAAGAUGCUGCCCGUGCUGGCCUGGCCCGAUGUGCGCAAGGAGAGCCGCCUCUUCUCCCUGCUGGCGAGCAUGAGGAUGUUCGGGGUGGGCCGCUCCUUCACCCGCAAGUCGUGGCUGGAGGACCACACUGAGCCCAGCUACUGGCAGAUCACCAAGGUCAAGGUGGACUACACGGCUGAGAACAUGGAUCAUGGCAAGGCAUGGGGGGUCCUCACCUACAAAGGGAAACAGGAGAGUGAGGUCAAGGAGGUGGACAAGGUGAUGUACCACGACUGGCGCCUGAUUCCCAAACACAUGGAGCAGCAAUUCAUGGACUUUGAGCCACUUCCUGAGCCGCCGGUACGCUAUGUCGCCUACCCACCCCUGCUCCGGGCCAUGCUGCUGGCCCAGCACAAGAAGGCAACGGGCAGCGUACUGACAAAGGAGCCCACCUUACCUCUAAAGAGGGAGGUCCAGCUCAACAAAGACUAUUUCCGCAGGCAGGAACAAGAGAAGCAGAGCAAAGAGGGGACAGCGGUGUAAACACUCGAUAAUCUUGGACGUUUUGGACCAAAUCGGUGUUGACGGAGGCGGUCAACUUCUUCUGUCUCAGCACACUCGAAGCCCUCCACUCAAAGCCUGUCAUGGACUCAAAUAAAUUCUCUUCUGUUUUCAUCUGAAGCAGGCCUCUCUGUGUAACAUGUAUCUGUGUGAUGUGAUUGCUAUUAAAUCUGAUGUCAAAUAA